AUGAAGAUUACACAACUCUUAUAUAUCUCGAGUGUGGUUAUCGCAUCGAUCGAGGCAGUGGAAUACUUAAUUCGCUUCGAGACGAAGAAGUCCAAGUGCUUGAAUCCCCCCAGAACCGCCAGGAAAGUGGAGUCUGUCAUCGGUGAAUGCCAGGAUGAGGUCCGCAAUAAGUUGGUUAAUGAGGCCUAUGAAAUACUCAAGGAGCAGGUGUCGCACAAGCAACCGCCCAUCGAUCCCAACGAUGACUCCAUCGACUUCGUUUGGCCAUCUGUUCCCGGGGGUUCUUCCAUAGAUCAUGCCCCCAACAUCAGCCACUACGAGUAUAUAGUCUACGAUGAGCCCGAACCACAUCGCCAUGUGGCCAGACUCAUGAGGAACAUCCGACGGCUUGACUUGACCAGUUCGGGCAUAUACCAUCCCACAUUGGUGCCUUUGGAGGACAAGCGCAUCGCGGGGUGCCUGUUGCACUGCGUUUACGCCAGGAAUAAUGCCAUUGACAAGAAGGGCUGGCCCACGCUGGACGGACUGGUCCACUUCUACUCCGAGGGAGUCCACGAGCACGGCUUCUUCAUGGCCACCCUGCGGUCCGUGAACCUCUGCCUCCGGACAAUGACCGCCCGGUACAAAGUCAAUCGAAAGGAGCUGCCCCAGAAAGGUGAAAGCUGCGAUCUCGCUUUUGAUGUAUUCGACUGUAUAUCCGACCAAAUUACCGGCUACUGUCUGGAUCAAUACAGCAGAUAUUAG